UUUAUUUUUGCUCUUUCUGAACCGAGCGACAUCACUUUCAUGCCAAUUCAUUAACUUUUUUGAAGGUGGGAGGGUCCCUUUAAGUUUUUAUACUAUUGAAAGCUAAUUAUGACAAAUAUAAUGGAUGUUUUCAUGUUUUACAGAGUUACAAAGAGUGGCUACCCUUGGUCUGCCCUACCAUAGGUAUCCUAUCGUCAAUUGACAAUUUGCAGGCAUUGGUGCGAUAAAUGGUAAAAAUGUUUUUCAUAUUGAAAAAUAAUAUCCCCAAUAGCUAAUAUAAUUUUAUCAGAUUAUCAUAGACUGUGGAAUCCCUGGCCUGUUACUAAUUUUCAAGUCACAUCAGGUGCCAAAUUGAGUGAGUAACAACUACAAGCAGCAGGCAAUAUUAUUAUUGAUAUGCUGCUAGAAUGUUAACUGGCUGUUUGUUUAUGUUGAAAACAGUACAAAAUUUUAGAAAUAAAUUCAGCUCAAAAAUUGAACAAUUCACAAGGAAAGAGCCCCCAAGAGCCUUUGGCAUUGACCCUGCUUUCCACCUUCUGAUCACUCAAUUUGAAUUCUUGGUAUGUGACAAUCUAGAGUCCAAAGUUGAACGUCACGCAUGCCCAUUGCCCCAUAUGGCCACUGGCCAGUCAUUCUCACUGACUUUGGCUGGCCAUGGGCUGCCACAAACCACAACCAUAACCUGUCAGGAGGCUCGUAAAGAUCGAGCGCCCAUCGCGCCUCGAGCCGACUUUUUUAACCGGGACACGUGCUCUCACCACGAGGGGUCAAGCCCUCGCCGGCACAGGCCAUGUUGCGUCCUUCGACGGCAGAAGGGUGGUGGUAUGGGUUGGUUGGUUGGUAUGACCCCGUUCGCGUUUGGCCCCUGAUCGAGCUAGAGCUUCGCGAAAAAAAAAACGAGCGUGCUGCCCGUGACCAGAGGAAGCCGAUGAUACCCAAUUUUAAGGUCCUAGAUUAUCGGUUGAUCUUCCAGGUCAGGUCAAUGGCCCAAAAGUCGGGAAAAUCGGGACCUGUUAGAACGUCGUUAAGUGUGACUGAUGUGUGGUUUUUCGGGGUGCUGAUCACGAAUAUCAUGCAGACAUGCUAAAUAGUUUUCAUCACAGAUUAUAUCUUUAUGCAUUUAGGCCAGGUCGGGUCAGGUCAGGUCAGGUCAGGUCAACCAGCAGGGGUCCUGCCGGAUAUUCGUAGUACCUACGUGUCAACCGUCUCUGACAUGUUACAAAGGCACCACAUGUUAUGAUGGCACCAAAAUUACUUCGAAAAUGUUAAAAUGGUUGCUGAAUUCGAAUUCAGCUUAAAAAACACUAGCCUAGAAACAUGUAAAACUCGAAAAAGUGGACCGAGGUCAUCAAAGGUCAAUGAUCGGACCUGACAUACAGGUGACCUUGACAUCCACCCUAAUGCAUGGGAGCAACAUCAAGUCACAUGUUUGACCACUUGGAACCACGAAAAGACUGCAAACGCGCGGCUGAUGCGAGCCGACAUACGCUGAAUCGCGAUUCCGGCCAAACAUGGUCUCAAAAAGUAGGUCAUAGGUCAAAGGUCACUUAUGUCAGGGUCAUGAAAUUUUCAGGGUUGGUGUAAAAUUGAUUAACGCGAGGGUACUGAAAGUUUUGUGUCGAUCGGCCGCUUUUUACGCGAGUUAUUCGCGAUAAACCUUAGGGGGGAGGGGGGGGGGGUGCAUCAACCCCCCGUGUGCCGGCGAAGGCUAACGCUCUACCGACUGAGCUAUGGGAGCGACAUUUAAAAGAUGUUUUCUCUCACUUACCAAAGCUAUCGCUGCCCUUCCCACAGCCUGCAGCACGCGGAGCACCUCUCAUCUCUGGCGCUCCCGGCACCGUCAGACGAUGGGGCGGGCGGACGUGGAGCGCGUCGUCCGCCAGCUGGGGGGCCAGCUGGCUCGCCCGCAGCUGCUCAGUGUGCUGGUCGAGGUGCGGAAGCGCGUCAUCAGCACCAGGCCGGGCCUGGAGGAGUUUGUGCGCCAGGGCGGCCUGACGCCGCUGACGGAGCUGCUGAAGCAGCCGCAGCCAGCUGAUGUGUUCAAUGUGACGCUCAGUAUCCUGGGGAACUGCACGGCGCGGUCGGCCGGCCGACAGCACUUUGUUCAGCACGGCGGGAUUCAUGCCGUACUGAAUGUGUUACAGCUGGUCGCGGACGCGGAGGUGGCGAACCGGGCGUGCCGCACGCUGGCCAACCUGGCGCAGGAGCCGGCGCUGUGCCGCACUCUCCUCCAGGAGGACACACUGGACCUGGUACAGUCGCUGAUGGCAGUCGACCAGCCGCCGCCGCCUCCAGACGACCUGAAGACCACCGUGUUCCGGCUCUGGAGGCUGCUCGCGGACCGGGACAGCCACCGGCGCCGGCUGCUGCGUACGGAGUGUCUGGUCACGGUGGCCGGUGCGCUCGGCUCACAGAACAGGCAACUGGUGCGGGAGGCGCUCCGCACACUGGCGCACUUUGCCGCCGGCGCCGCCCGCGAGACGGGCGCCCAGAUGCAGCAGAGCGCGGAGGCCAUGCCGUCCCUGCUGCGGCUCUGCGGCGCCGAGUGUGACAGCGGCAGUAGCGGCAGCUCUGAGACCGGCGGCGGCAGGCCCGAGAGUGGCUCCGAGUCCGCCGCCGACCCGCCGCCGCCGCCGCCACUCCGCGACCCAGAGCUGGCUGUGUCGGCCUUUCGGCUGGCCCUGACCCUGGCUCAGGAGUCGAGUCUGCGACCCACGCUCGGACAGCUGGGGUUCCUACAGCUGCUCUGGGAGGGGAUCCACGGCGCGGCAGCCGCAGACGCUGCCGGAGAGACAUCGGGGAGUCGGUCUGGGUCAGAGGAGACGCCCACGCAUCAGCCAGAGGCCGGAAACACCCCCGAGGGUCGACUCCAAACCGCAGAGGAGAGUGAGAAGAAGCGAGGACCGCCUGGUGCGUCCGACAGCGGCUCGGGUGCCGGUGCGGGCGGCGGACGGACCGGGGAUAAGGCGCGGCACGGACACAGGACCGAGCGACCGCCUACGGACGGCGCCGAGACGGAUCAGUCGGACUCUGUCAGCGUUACUUCCGUCACCAGCUCUGUCGACCGCAGCUCUCUGGUGAGCGCGCUGUGCCUGUUCUGCUGGGAGUCGGUGAACCGUGCGCGGUUCCGCUCGCUCGGCUACCUGCCCUGGCUGGUGCGCGUGCUCGGCGCGCGGGGCGAGUCGGAGUCGCUGCGCCGCCGUGUACUGCACGCCCUCUUCCAGUUCGUGUACGAUGACACGGGGUUCGGCCAGAUGAAGCGGGCCGGUCUGAUCGCGGUGCUGGUGGGUCGCCUGCAGGCGUUGGUCGCCGGCUGGGAGCGGGAGGGCCGGAGCGGUGACCAGCGCUGCUGUCGGCGCAGCGUCAGCCCGGUGUCCUCAGAGGACAGCGAGGACGGCAACAGCAGCGACGGCAGCGGCUACCGCGCCGACAGCCCCACCUACCGCCAGGUGGAGCGGGAGAUCGAGUCGUACCUGCAGCAGGUGCGGCGCGCCGAGCCGGCCGCCGAGCGGCUCUUCAAGUCGUUCAGUCCGACAGACAGUCUGGCCAGCUCGCCGCUGCGUUCACCGGACGUCAGCCCGCCCGGCUGGUCGUUCUCGGCCCGCUCUCCACGCUCUGCGUCCCCGUCCGGGAGCUGGUCCGAGUCGCAGUUCUCACCGCCUGUCUCACCGGGCGGCUGGCAAUUCUCACCGCCCGUCUCACCCGCUCCUGGCGGGUCCCUCUCACCGCCGCUGUUCCCGGGAGGCGGGCGGUUCUCCCCGUCAGUAUCGCCGGCGAGUUCGGGCCCCCAGUCUCCGGUGGAGUGUCCGGGAGGGGGACAGUGGAGUCCCCAGGUGUCUCCGCGUGGCGCUGACUCCCGGUCACCUCCACUAGAAGACCGGCCGAGCGGGGAGCUCAGUCCUCAGAUAUCCUCAGGCGGCGGCGAGAUGCGAUCCCCGUCUGUAUCCUCCUCCUCCGCCGGCCCUCUCUAUCACUCCCCGCCUCUCCACUCACCCAGCAGCGGCUCGGCACACCGGCCCAGCAAACGCCGGCGACUCUACUCGGCGGAGGUGUCCUCCGAGCCGGCGUCCCGGCGCGGGGAGGAGCACAGCUGGCUGCUGCUGCUGCUCUCGCGGGAGUCGCAGGCGGAGAAGCCGGACCGGCAGCUGGCCAGUGCCGACUGCUGCCGCGCGCUGGUAGACUGUCUGAGACUGGCGCCCCAGCCGCAGCCGCGCGCCGCACGAAUACUGGCCAGAAUCGGCAGGAACCCGUACUGUUUCCGUCCGCUGGUGUGUCAGCGGCUGGCCUGGCUGUGCGUCAGCUCCCUAUCCCGAGAGCAGGCCCAGCCGGCCCUGUCUGGACUCCAGGCCGUGGCUCACUCCGGCUACGGCCAGGGCGUGCUGGAGUCGCUGAUGGAGCUCGGAGGCGACACGGCCACGGCGGCAGUCAUCACGGCAGCCGUGGUGGUCAGCCUGCAGACCAGCCUGCGUCGGCUGCUGCUCCGGCGGCGCGGCCUCGACCUCCUGCUGGACGAACUGGUGUCCGACGCUGACGACCGGUCGGGCCCGGCGGCCGGCGCGCUGGCCGCCCUCUGCCGGCACCUCGCGCCCAACGACCGACCCCCGCCGUCAGAGGCGACAGAGACGUCAUCUCCGUGUCGGUACGUGGGCGAGCCGCUGCCGCCCGAUCUGACGCUGGUGCUGUCAGACGGGGAGGUGGCUGCUCGCAGGGACCGGCUGGCCGCCGGCAGUCCGGUGCUGGGCGCCCUCCUCACCGGCGGGUUCCGAGAGGCCAGCACCCAGCGCGUGCCGCUGGGGGAGCUGAGCCGCGAGGUGGCCGCGCCGCUGGUCCAUAUCGCCUACGGCUGCGGCGCCGGCUGCCGUCUGCUGUCGCGGCUGCCGGCGCGGCUGUGGCUGCCGCUGCUGGCCGCUGCCGACCGGUUCCUGCUGGCGGAGGCUGCUGAGUCGCUGGGCGGCCGGGUGCUGGCGGCGCGCCGGCCCGAGCGACUGGCGGCGCUGUACUGCGCGGCCCGCAGUCAGCCGCUGCAGCUGGAGGGCGCCGCCGGCUGGGGGCUGCAGCUGCUGCUGCUGCGCCGGCUGCUGGCGGCGGGUCCCCGCCGUGCCGCCGACCCGCUCCGCCUGCUGCUCAGAGAACACCGGGAGACGCUGCUGGCCGACCUCCGCGCAGUGGUCGGGAAACUGCUCGAGCCGACCGCGGCCUGAGGGACGUGCGGCUUCCGGAGAUGGUGUGAUAAUAAUCGAUUGGGGUUUCGAAUGGCUCUUUAUUCUGAUGCAAAGCACAACGCAUAAUAGCGAGGAGUUAUUGCAGUUCUGCUUUCACCAGAAUAUGUAAGGGCACUUUGCCCCGCCUUGCCCCUACCAGCUCUUUUUUGCCAUAUCGUACAGGGUGUGACCACGUUUAAUGGUUUCCUGGUGUUUGCCGUGCCGGUGCCUCGCAUUUUCACAGCAUAAUUUAGUGGUCUUAUUUUUCUCAGGAGCAUGUACUGUGAUGAGUAGUGUUUUAUUUUACCCUAGGUGUCGUUUGUGUCUUGCGUGUAAAUGUGUCUACUUGAACAGGCGUGAACUGAACGGCAUGCAGUCACUGAACUACUGCAACUGUUUUCUUUUCUCGUUGGGGAAAGGAGCCUGACUAUAAAGUUGCCUUGAGCUGCAGCAUUGCCAUGCGUGCAUUAUUUUGAGCUUGAUAGCGCCGGGGGAACAUGCAUCGCAUAUUGUGAUAAACCCGGUCUGAUGUUAUGCAGCUAUUGAAGCGAUUGUUUCUCUGACCUCUCUGACCUGAGCUAUUGUGUCGGACCUCUGUUAGAGUUGUGGCAUUUGACUGUGAUUUAAGACGGCGAUAGGGACUAUGGAUGGCUAAAUGGGCCGCCUUGACCACAAUAUCGGUAGUGUUGCGGCCUCUGACGAACUAUCGAUGUCCAUUCAAAUAUAUUGUUUUGUGUA